GCCAAACAUUUUUGAACACUCUACAAUACGCUGUAUCAGCUCUUUCAUAAUGGAGACCGAAAACCGCGAACAAUGGGCUGUCCUUGUUGGGAUCGAUCAAUACCCCCUCGGUGUUCCUGACUUAUUCGGCUGCGUCCAGGAUGUAGUCGAAGUCUCCGAGCGUCUCAUGAACUGAUCUCAAUAUUCCUGCCAAGAACAUUGAGGUUUUCACGGCCGCUCAAGGACGGGAUCUUGACUAUUCGUCACCAGACGCCCCUACCAAGAAAAACUUUCUUGCGGCGCUAAACAGGCUUAUGGAAAAGCAAGCUGGCGGUUUCGUUUACGUCCACUACUCAGGUCAUGGCGAUAGAUGUCUUACGAAACACGAGGAGCUCAAAGGACCGGGGCAACAUGAUGAAUGCAUUUGCACUUGGGAAGAAGAUAUCACAGACGUUGAGCUAGGCGGUGUUCUGGAUAAUCUCGCCGAGAAACAUACACUUUUCGUCACACUGGAUAGUUGUCAUUCGGGGGGUGCGGACCGCGACAGAGAACAAGAAGCGAACUCCAAUGUCAAGGUCCGUUGCAGGAGCUACGUCCCUCCUCAGGUCUUCAAUCUUUCAGAUUCAACUACUCAUGGAGACGCAAAAUCUGAUCAAGCCUCGGAUCCUUCAGGCUUGUCUCCUCUUGAUAAUGGUGGAUAUCGAAACGUUACUCCCUCAAACAAGAGUUUGCUUUACAAUCCUCGCAAAUACAAUCUCAUUGCGGGCUGUCAGCCAAGCCAAUACGCUGCAGAGUGGAAAUACACGAAGACCGUGGAUAACAUAUCGAAACACUUGACGUGUGGUGCAAUGACCUACCACUUCUUGAAGUCUCUGGAUAGCCUCAGACCUUCGGGUGAACCCGUGACCUAUAAGCAAUUGAGCGACAAAAUGCAAGCCCCAUUCCGGGUCACCCCCUACGGCAACAGGCAAAACCCCAUGCUUUUGGGUGAUCCAGAUCGAAUCUUAUUAGCUACCAAAACCAUGCAGAUUAAAGCACGAGCUCUGACCGCAAAUGUUAUUGUGAACAAUAACAACUCAGUGACGUUGAAUAAGGGAAUUGCGAACCAGAUAACCCUUGGAGAUAAAUUCCUGCUGUAUCCUCCUUCCAAGGUCUACCUAGGGCUCAUUCUUGCAGAUGAUGCAGCCGGCAUAGAGGCCGAAGUUACUUCAACUGCUAUGUACACCUCAGAUCUUGUCCUAAGCGGAGACAAUGCCAGACGUCUGAACGACAUUGCUCCAGGGUGGUUUGCAAGACUGUCAAAGCGAUCCCACGCCAAACUAGUCUAUCUUCAAUUUCCACCAGGGGGGGAUAACCCCGCCUACGAGCGAAUUCGCACCAACUGGCGGCAUAAUGUCAAUUACCAAGCGCCAUACAAUUUGAUCUUCGAUCCUCCAGUCAAUGCUCCCACUCCCGACUUCGCCGUCAGUGUCGACGAGAACGCAGAAUUUCGGGUGCAGGAUCGCGACGGAGAUACCCUCAAAGGCCUGCCUUUAAUACCCGCAGAAGGAGAAAGAAAUGUCAAUCAGCUGACGUGUUUGCUCAAUCAGCUCUGCUUAUACCAAAUGCUGUUGUUGGACGUCAAACACUCCCCUGGUUGGAAGCCCAAUUAUGACUUCAGAAUUGAGGCCUUAACUGGCAAGUCACAGGACGACAAUUCCCUUGCAGACCAAAAAAUAGUCUUCAAGAACAAUAGCUUCGUGGGUCUGUACGUAACAAUCCUGUAUCUCGGGCCCGCCUAUUGCAUCCAGGAGGUUUUUCCGAAUGAUUUUGCAAACAGCUCAGAACUUCCCUCGCGUGAGGCAAUUUCAGAAGAAGUUAUCGUCAGUAUCACAAUCCCGGACAUUCUCAAACCAUUCUCAACCCAGCCAAGCUUCCAGAUGAGGGAUACUUUCAAAGCUUUCAUAACAACUAAGCCAAUUGACUUGUCUAAUUACAUGCUGGAUGAUUUCGAACAUGAUCCUGCCAAAUUAGAAUCUCCAUCUCGUGCUACUAUCAGGCGGCCAGUAUUUGAUGGAUUGGCUGUCGAAGAAUUACAUGUUAUCACGCAACUUGAUGAGGACAAAACUUACAGUGUGGUAGUGGAAUAACUAGACUGCAUAUAUUACGACACGACUCUUAUAGUCGUCAUUAUGGGUCUCUUAGUCACUGAGUAGGCGGCGCCGGAUAAGUAUCGGUCCGCCUAACUACAUAUUGAAUACAGAUUGUUGAAUUGUUAAGAUGAUCCCAUAGUCCUGACUCAGACUAUUGAGUGAACGUGAUAAUCUAGUACAGUAUUCACUACAUAGUAAAAUAAACGAUCUGAAACUCGGGGUUAAGCGGACUUAAAGCACUAUAAAAAUCCAUGUGAACUCUUAUUUAUUAAGCAAAACCGCGAAGCACUUUCGAAGUUAGGAGUUGAGCGAAGUGCAGGCUCCAGACACCAGCCGUAAACUUUACAGGCCACAGUUCGGAAUACUGACGAUCAAUUAGUCAAAUUCUCAGUUUGAGGCCAGAUUUAAUAACUUGAGAGGUAGUGUAGAACUCCAUUUUUCGGGCUACCUCAGUUUUGAAGUUGAUAUUGCAAUGUAGCUACAAGACAAAGUUU